CUGCGCUUAGUUUUGCCUCGAAGUUUGCCUGAAGAUGAAGUCUCAACUGCUGCUGCUCCUCUCGGGUUUGCUGGCUCUAGGCUGCGUGCAAGGAGCUCGUGUCUACAUGCAGUUCAAUGGCAAAGGUUACGCCUACAACACGGAUGGGGACAGGACGGGCAGGAGUGCGCAGUCCCCCAAGUACGGACAGGCAGCAGGUGCAGGCAAUUCCCUGGAGAUCUUUGGCCCCUACAACACACAACCCACAGCAGACAGCCUGGCCACAGCAUCCCUCAGCAGAGGCUAUCAAAUCGGCUCCAGUCUGAGUCCCAGUCUCAGUGCCACUCCCCGGACGGCAGCCAGCUUUGACUUCAGCACCCACCAAAUGUCCCAUGCCCAGCACACCGAUGAGUCGGGCACUGUGCUGGGGAAGUACUCCUACUACGACGAGGCCGGCUACCAUGAGCUGAGCUACAAGGCUGGCGCCGGCAUUGGCUUCGUUGUCAUGGGUGGCAAUUUGGCCAAGGCCACCAGCUCCCGCGCAGCGAGUGCCUUGAAUCCGUCCGCAAACACUCAACAGUUUCAGCAUAAAUAUGGCGGCACUUAUGCUUAAAUGAACAAAUAAAAGUAGUUUCCUAACUGUGUUCUGUUUUGGGUUUAGUGCAUUAGAGAAGCGCGCGGAUGGGCUGCUAAAUGUCAUGUCAUCGAACGUGAUUUAAGGGGCGCUACUCAGAAUGGUCUUAAAGGGUAGCUAAAGCCAGCUGUUGCUUACUGCAACUAAUUGCAGAGCUGUGGAGUAGUUAGAGGAGAGAUAUUCGCCUUUAUAGGUCAGAGAUUUACACACAGAAUUACCCAAAAAAGUGGCAAGGAACUGGGCAUCAAAAUGUAAUUCAUAUAG